AUGUCUUUCCAUGUCUUGGCCUCAAAUGACCGGCCAUGCAGCAGCACCACCGUCAUUCCCGAGGCUCCCCCACCCGCACCCUCCGCUCCUCCUCCUCCUCCUCCCGUCCCGGGCUUCCUGGAACCUUCCAGGAACCGCAGCGUCACGCGCUGCCGCCCCUCCUCCUCCGUGAUUUCCGGCGGGAGAUUCACCACCGUUUCUUUCUCCUCCACUAGGACCUCCGCGGGACGCGCCGCCAUCGCCGCGGGGUCGCCGCCGGGAUUCACGCCGCGGUCAGCGGAGGAAGAGGAGGAGGAGAAGGCGGCGGACGGCGAGGAGUCGCGGCGCGCGACUAGGAGGACCAGCGCGGUUACUAAGAUCGCGACCGUUAGGAGGAAUCCUCGAGUCGGCAGGCUGAGCGAGUCUAUGUACAAUCGCACGAAGCUGCUAUUGCUGCUAUCGCCGCCUCGCGGCGCGUUCGCAUGCGAUGUUCCUAGUGACCUACGCAUGAGUGCUGACGUGGCUGGUGAGUAUUGGUCCGCCGCUGCUCGCACUCGCCUGUUCCCCCCGCGCCAUGCGUCCCCCGGCCUCCGCCAGCCCUUGGCUCCGCGACCCCGCCGACUCCUCAUUUCCGCCGCCGGGCGCAGCAAAGCCGCCCCGCGCGUGGUUCGGCGGAAGGUUUCCCCCGCGCACAUGCGCCGGCUGCAGAAGCGCCCCGGCGGCAUCCACCGGACAAACCUGUACCGCCGCGGGCGGCGCGGCGGGCGGCAGCUGAGCCAGGACGAGCUGACAUCACGCCUGCUGCAGAGCCCGCAACUCGCGGCGGGAAAUGCGGCGGGCUGGCCGCUUCUUAGUGCGUGUCUGUCCCCGUUGCCCUUAGCGCGGGAGGAUCGGGAGUGGAUCUGGGCGAAUGGGGAUGAGAUUAAGGAGGGUUUGGGGCUUUUGAUGGCAGAAGGGGGGGAUUGGUGGGAGACAGCGGGGGAGGGUUCAGGGUUUAGGGAUGGGGAGGAGGGGGAAGAGGAAGGGGAAGGGGAAGAGGGGGAAUGGGAAUAUGGGGAUGAUGAUGAAUAUGAGGAAGGGGAGGGGGAGGAGGAGGGGGAAAGUGAAGGGGAGGAGGAGUGGGGAAGUGAGGAGGAAUGGAGAGACGAAAGGAGAGGCGAGCUCGCGGUCAAAAGCGGUGCUGAUAGUAAGGGGGAUGGCAGUGCUGUGAGAAGAGAUCCUGUAGCAGGAAGGGCAGGAGGAGCAGUCACGGCAGCAGGAGGAGCAGCCACAGGAGCAGCAAGAGAUUCAGCAGCAGGCUCCAGCACGGGUGAAAGGAGUCAAAGAACACCUGGUGUUUCAGAUAGCAUCAGCAGCAGAGGUUUGGGGUUUUUGGUUGGCAAGGACGCUGGAGCUGGGGAGGUGGGAGGAGAGGAGGACAUCCACGUGGCGGAUGAGGAUUCGUUCAAUCCUGCCAGCAAGCUAGAAGAGCUUCUUUACCUCUCGUACAUGCACAGGUGGGUGCCACGUGUCAUAACAACACUGGAUAUGCACAGGGACCAGCCGGACAAGUCACGGUUUCUCAAGGUGGCGGGGUCGCGACUGGCGUUUCUUGGCGGUGAGAUGGUGCUUGGUGUGACAGGUGGUGCUACAGGCGGCAUGGGCGGGUUCGUGCUGGAGUUGGCUCUGGCUGAGAUGCUGCUGCAGUGCUACCCCAGGGAACCGGUAGCAUCGCUAAGGGAGAGAGCCAGAGAGUUGGGCAACAAGCGCCGCUUCCCGCUGCUGCUCUGCGCACUCACUGCUGCUCUCUCCCUCCUCAUGCUUCUCUCUCCCCCUUCAGUGCUACCCCCGGGAACCAGUGGCAUCCCUAAGGGAGAGAGCCAGGGAGCUGGGCAACAAGCGCCGCUUCCCGCUGCUGCUCACCCAGGCGGGGCUGGACCGCCUGGUGUUCCCCGGCGCUCUGCUCAUGCGCGCCCCCACCAACCUGAGGCAACUCGCCGCCAAGUGAGUGGACUUGUCACUCUGGGCUUUAAGGCACGUGCUGGGUUCAUUAGGGUUCAGGUUGGUUCGCUGCUGCUCACCCAGGCGGGGCUGGAUCGCCUGGUGUUCCCCGGCGCUCUGCUCAUGCGCGCCCCCACCAACCUGCGUCAAAUGGCCGCCAAGAGUGUCUUCACCUCCCUAAUCGCCUCGGCCUAUCUCACACCCGGCAUGCCGGAGGUGUACAGGCUGCUGUUUGAGGUGUUCGGUUUGGACCCCGACCAUCUCAAGAUGCGCCCCAAGAUCGUUCCUGCUCCACCUCUACCAUUCACAUUCAUUCUCCCUCCCCUCCCACGCUGCAUGCCGGAGGUAUACAGGCUGCUGUUCGAGGUGUUCGGUUUAGACCCCGACCAUCCCGAGAUGCAACCCAAGAUCGAGCGCGUGCGUGACGAGGAUUUCAUGCAUGCUGACCUGGACGGCGACCCGCUGACGUGGCGUGAUGUGGCGUGCUACCAGGUGUGUGUGUGA